AAACAGAUGCAGUGACAUCAUGAAAGCUCGUAGCAGCCAGGGGAAGACAGAGCUGGAGGUGGAGCUGGGGCACUGGUGUCCCUGGGGAGGUGAAGCGCAUCUUCUACCAUGAGCCCUCUCGCUCACCUCCACCCUCCCUGCUCAUGGCUCCUUCCUGCCUGUUCCCAGGAGUUGUGCCCCUGCUGCUGGUUCUGCACUGGAAACACGGGGCAGGGAGCCCCCUUCCUAUCACCCCUGUCAACGCCACCUGCGCCACACGCCACCCAUGUCACAGCAACCUCAUGAACCAGAUCAGGAACCAACUGGCGCAGCUCAAUGGCAGCGCCAAUGCCCUCUUUAUUCUCUAUUACACAGCCCAGGGGGAGCCAUUCCCCAACAACCUGGACAAGCUGUGUGGCCCCAACGUGACAGACUUCCCACCAUUCCACGCCAACAGCACGGAGAAGACCCGGCUGGUGGAGCUGUACCGCAUCAUCGCCUACCUUGGUGCCUCCCUGGGCAACAUCACCCGGGACCAGAAGGUCCUCAAUCCCAAUGCCCUCAGCCUCCACAGCAAGCUGAAUGCCACUGCGGACAUCAUGCGGGGCCUCCUCAGCAACGUGCUCUGCCGCCUGUGUAGCAAGUACCACGUGGCCCACGUGGACGUGGCCUAUGGGCCCGACACCUCGGGCAAGGAUGUCUUCCAGAAGAAGAAGUUGGGCUGUCAGCUCCUGGGGAAGUAUAAGCAGGUCAUCGCCGUGGUGGCCCAGGCCUUCUAGACAGGAGGUCUUGAAGCGUGCAGUAGGCGACCUGAGAUCUUGGGCUCAGGCAGCUCUCAGACUGUGGCCAGGGCCCAGAGCAUUGCCGGACCCACAAAGGGGCUGCUGGCAGACCCCAAGGGGUUCCUGGCCAGUCCACUCCCUCAAGGGUGGGCUGUGACAAAGCCGAGCAGAAUCAAAACUCCCAUAGGCAGGGCCUGUCUACAGUACCAAUUAGAAGAAGGACCCCCCUUCCUCUGGGAGACUAUGGCCAGGCACCAGGGUGUUGGGCUGCUGCGGGGAUUGGGGGCUGGACCUCUGUCCCCAGUUGGCCCCUUGGCCAGGGGCUUUGUAAGAAAACUGUACAAGUUAUCCAUGGCGACCCUGACCGUGGGGCGAGACAACUGGGGUCAGAGGAAUUGCCCAGCCCCACAGAAUGACCACCAUCCAGCCUCUGCCCCUUAUGCAGGCUUUAGAAAGUUUGGGCUCAGGCCAGCCAGAGGAGCUGGGAUCCAGAGGACUUCUUGGUCCCUACAAGUAUAGUGAGUGGAAGUUAGGAGAGUUAUGGUUUGAGAUGUUCAUUCUCUUGAGCAUGACUGGGGAGAGCUCAGGUCUAGGGAUGGGACUGUGAGGCAGAAAGUCCCAGGAUGAGCUCACUGGCACUUAGGCUCAUAGGGAGGCAGAGAGCCUCCCACCUUCAGGCCUGGGAAGGGAGGUCCUGAAAGCCUUGGCAGGCUCUCCUUCUUCCCUGAAGUCUUUCCUUGAAGCCUGGGAUGGCCGGGGUCCGGUGGCUGGACCCGGAGGUAGGGUUUGGGGAGGUGGGCAGGUGAAAAGGUUCUAAGGGGACCCAGAGUCUUCUUCUGGCCCAGGGUCUAUAAGGGAUGGGAAGGACUGGGGAAUUCAGAGUGGCAGCUCACGCGGGAGGUCCCGUGAGGUCACACAAAGGUACUUGAUGGGGACUAGAGGCCAUCUCUGGUUCCUAGAGCAAGGGAACAGCAGGACCUGAGGUCAGGGUCUCAGAGAAGCCUGAGAGCCAAGAGUGCUGUGUGUCUGACCCAGCAUGAUUGUCUAUUUAUUAUGAUGCCCUAUUUAUAUUAACUUAUUGGUGCUUUAAAUGGCAAAAUUAGCUCUCUCUUCCCUGCUUCCUACUCAACAGAAAUAAUACAAUGGCUCAUAAAGGAGCCAGGGCCAAGCCUUAGCAGGGACUGGUCCAGAAGUCAAAGAUGUUACAGAUGGAAUAGCCUUACGGGUGAAGCUCAGACAAGGGUCAGGACCCGAGAGAACUGGUCACUGUGGGUGGGGGAGCAGGGGACCCAGCUCCGUACCCCAUCCCAACUGUGACUUGGUUUGGGGGUUUCAGGAUCCUGGCUUGGAGGCAGGCUGGGCCGGUUUGUGGAGUGGCCGGGGGCCUUCUCCCAGGGCCACCAUGUUGCUUGUUUCCAGGGGGGCUCACUCAACACUGUUUUCUGGCGGCCCUUGGAAUUGUGCAGUGAGGGGCAACAUUCAUGGUUGAAAUGGUGCCCUGGAGCAUUGGAUGAGGCAGUCCUGGUGGCCCGCCCUGCUGCUGUUUCCUCGUUCCCAUACUGUCUCUAGACCAGCAGUUGAGGGGCUCUGGAACAGUCCUGACCCAGCAUCCAGCAUGCUUGCACACAGUGGGGAAGCUCCUUCUCCGGUGGCCCAAACACCCACAAAGGGCCAGAGGGCCUGGCUGGACCCUCUGGGAAGCCGGGGCAGUGCAGGGAGGAGCUCCCUGCUCUGGAGAAGAGCAUAGGGAGGCCCUGGGCCUGCGACCAGGAAGCUGUGGUCCCUCCUGCCCCACCUCUCCCCACACCCCCACCCAUGUCUGGGCUCCCAGGCAGGGAACCCGAUCCUUUCCUUUGUGUUGGGGCCAGGCUAGUAGAGAAACGCCCUCCAGUCUGGGAGCAAGGGAGGGGGUGCGGAGCUGGGGCAGCUGCUAAGAGCAGCAUUCUGGCUUCUUCUCAAACCCUGAGCGGUGGCGGUCCUAGCGGUUCAGCCAAUGUGAUUAUGGUACUUUGCACUCACUUUGCACCUCUCUGUCUUCCCUGAGCACUUUACCCGCACACACCGGGUGGCAGGUGGGCAGGCAGCAGGGUAGGAGGGGGAGGCAAGGCUAUUUUGUGGUGGGUGGCAGAGGAGACCAUGACAGCCACAUGUUUUCUGAAUCUGGGUCAUACUCACCCUUGCAGUGUCGUAGCCUGCUGUCGUCCCUGCGCUCUGCUCUUUCCGUGAACGUGGCUCAGAAGGCUGGGGGCCAGCUGGGUCUCUAAUCAUCCCAUCACCUCCCUUACACGGACUCCCCAUGCUGAGCCCACCUGCGCAGCCUCUGAGGCUCAGAGGCCAAAGGAAUCUCUUCCCUGGGACCCAAACCUCCCCUCUGCCUCACUCCCACUGCCUUUGCCCCCACCCCCACCCCACCGUCCCUAUGUCCUGCUCUGCUCCUCAGCCCCCAUCCUUAGCGCUCUUUCUAGAACCAUUCCAGCGGACCACUCUGCACAGCAUCCCAGAGUUAUGGAGCCUUUGUGUGGAAAAAGCUUUGCAGGGCAGGAAGCUUUCCUUUUCCUCCUUUUUCAUCUGCUGGUGGUUGACCAACACCUGCAUCCUGCGUCAAGAGGAGGAGGAGGGAGAGGUUGUCGGCAGAGGAGGGGGUAGGACAGUAGUUUUGCAAUUUGUGGAGAAGGGAGUACUGGGAACUUUUAUUUAUUUAAAAACAUUUUAAACAAAAGAAGCACCGCUAGUUUAUUUGUCUCUCCUCCCCCUCUCCUUGGGCCCUCCUGGGGGACGCCCCCUGCCCCCCACCCCCUGCUCCAGAAGAGGCCCAGUCCCACCUUGCUGGCUCUCCAGAACAGAUAGAGCAUGUGGGGUCAGAGACCAGAAUCAAGUGGGAAUUUCCCUUCAGAUGGUACAGAUGCGCUCACUUUGAGAUCACCCCCUCCUGCGCGCCUCCACCCCAGUACCUGGGUGUCUCUUUCAGCCGCACUGCUAGCUCUGUUUGUCCCUCUGUGUUUCCCUCCUUCCUUUCUACUGGCUAGGACUUGGCCUUGAGGGACAAAUUCCUCUUUGAUGAAUGUACCCUGUGGGAAUGUUUCAUACUGACAGAUUAUUUUUAUUUAUUCAAUGUCAUAUUUAAAAUAUUUAUUUUUUAUACUGAAGGAAUACUUUUUUUUAAGAAAAAAAGAGAAAUUAAUAAAG